UUCUGAUUUAGUUUCCCCCACACUAACGUCCAAACCCGCUUGCAGAUCUACUUCCCAAUUUCCGCCGCCGUGCGGCUUCACCAACGUUGUCGUGUUCCUCCCGUCGUUUAAAUCGCCGCUCUUCCUCGUCAGUAUCUCAGUUUAAAGGUGUGGUUAGGAUAUGAUCUAUGCCACUUGCAUCACAACAUUCAAGUCACUGAGCUCCAGAGCACUAGUUUUGCGCACUUCAUUGAAUUUUCAAGCAAAGUUAUCCUCUAGGUGUUCUCCUAGGCGGAUAAGAAUGGAAACUAAUCUUAGUUGCAGCACGGAGGGCAACAACAAGGAGGCUAGAGGUGCCUUGGUUGUCCUAGAAGGACUGGAUCGUUCAGGGAAGUCUUCUCAGUGUAGUAGACUAGUGUCCUACUUGGAGGGACAAGGGCUUUCUGCUGAGCUAUGGAGGUUUCCGGAUAGAACUACGGAUGUUGGCCAAAUGAUAUCUGCUUAUCUUGCAAACGCGUCACAGUUGGAUGAUCAUACUAUUCAUCUUCUCUUCAGUGCUAAUCGUUGGGAAAAGAGGUCAUUGAUGGAAGAAAAAUUGAAAAGUGGAACAACCCUCAUUGUUGAUCGUUAUUCUUAUUCUGGAGUGGCUUUCUCUUCUGCUAAGGGACUAGAUAUUGAAUGGUGUAAGGCCCCGGAGAUUGGAUUGCUGGCUCCAGAUCUGGUAGCAUACCUUGACAUAUCACCAGAUAAAGCUGCAGAAAGAGGAGGGUAUGGUGAUGAGAGAUAUGAGAAGCUGGAGUUUCAGAAGAAAGUUGCUGAACGUUACAAAGUUCUUCAUGAUGCCUCCUGGAAGAUUGUAGACGCUUGCCUACCCAUAGAAGAUGUGGAGAAACAGUUGCAAGAAAUCGUACUCGCUAGUGUCACAGAAUGCCAAAAGGGAAAGUCCCUCGCCUCCUUGUGGUUGACAUAAACAUGCACUCUUGAAAGGGAUGUCAUGUAUGAACAAAUAUGCCUUAUAAAUUAUGUACACUAAACCCCAUCAUAGUUUAAAAUUUGUUUGCCAAGUGGUUUGAAGAUAGCUUGGAGAAAUUUUAAUAUGCUCAACAUAGAAGGAAUGUACCAUUCCUGAUUCAACAAAUGCUGAAGCCUUCUAUACCGAAAUUACAUCAAGACUUGCAUCUGGAUUGCCUCAAGAGUGUUUUAUGUUCGUGUUACCACCGAAAGAUGGUAUUAUGGGAAAAAGCCGAAUUGGUCCGAAGAUUAUUUAUUAAUCGAUCAAAAGUUACAUCUGUUUAUUUGCCUUGAUAGCUGCUUGUUUUUUAAAUUAAAUUCUCUUUAUGUUGUUAACAUUAUAUAAGUUUGCAAAUAGUAAGGAUUCACUUGACCCGAACCUAGCUCAUUAUUUGUCUGUGUUUUAUGACCGAAACAAGAUCAGGUUUGCUUGGUUGUAGUAAAAUUUAUAAGCUCAUUAGUUGUGAAAUAAACAAGUCAAAAAUUUAAGAUAAUUUAAUUUAAUAGAAUUUUUUGAA